UAGUGGAAACCUAUGUUCUUCGCGGGGAUACGGACUGAGGUACAAUAAGAACGGUAACGUUAGCUGCUAGCUAGCAGUGAAAGCAGCGUGGGGAGCUGGUAAAUACUACAACGCGAGCUAGUGGCACUAACGUUUAUGGGGAAUGUAUACUGAAUGCAUAUUCUAACUAACGUUAACUCUUCAGGCUAUCGAUAGCUAGUUGACUAGCUAUAUCGUCUUCCCUGCACAAACGUCUAGAUAUCCGUUUAUGUCCAGCAGCGUUAAAUAGGCAUCUUUGGGAAACGAAAUAGCCAACCAGGUCACAGAAGCGCAGUGUUGUUGACAGCUCCGGACCGACCCAAACGAGUGUUUUCUCUGGCCGUCAUCUCCAUCAGUCUCUGAGGAUGGUUCUGCUAAGGAGUGUCCCCGCACCCAGCGAGGGAGUCCGGCAUGAACAAUCCGAGACCACGGCGGUGUUGGACGGGAAGGGCCUCGGCGCAGGAACGCUCUACGUUGCUGAAACGCGAUUGUCGUGGUUUGACGGUUCAGGGAUGGGCUUCUCUCUAGAGUACCCCACUAUCAGCCUGCACGCCAUCUCACGAGACCUCAGCACCUACCCACAGGAACAUCUAUAUGUCAUGGUCAACGCCAAACUCAACGAUGAGAACGAAGCAGAGAUGCAGGAGAAUGCCCAUGAUCAAGAAGAUGAGGAUAACAGUAGUGAGGAAGAUGAUUCUGAGGGGAUCACAGAGAUCCGCUUCGUCCCUAGAGACAAGACAGCAUUGGAGUCAAUGUUUUCAGCGAUGUGUGAGUGUCAGGCCCUGCACCCAGACCCAGAUGAUGAAGACUCCGACGGGGACUUUGACGGAGAUGAGUACGAUGUGGAAGAAGCGGAGCAUGGUCAGGGUGAUAUCCCGUCGUUCUGUACAUAUGAGGAGGGUGUGUCGGGUCUGACGGCUGAAGGCCAGGCUACUCUUCAGAGACUGGAGGGCAUGUUAGCUCAGUCUGUUGCUAACACCUUUCACAUGGCUGGGGUCCGCACUGAUGAGGCCAAUGGAGAGUUUGACGAUGGGAUGGAGGUGGAUGCAGGGUCGACGAUGGCCGGACAGUUUGAAGAUGCAGACGCAGACCACUAAUGGAACUCAACUCUACUGCCAGUCAAAGCACUUGUGGGAUAGGAGGAUAAUACAGUCUCUCCACUUCCUGAUUUUCUGUUCAUCUCAACAUACACAGAUUCUUCUCUUGUGUUUUGUACCUGGAGACCAGUUGUACUGAGAUUUCCCCAACAGGGAACAGUGUUGCCUUUGUAUGAAAUCUCUUCAUUAAAACACACGUGUUUUUGUAUAAAGAACAA